AUGAUGGCGAUUGCCAACUGCGCUUUUAUUGCGAUUUUCCUUCUCACUAAUGUUAUUGACCAAACAAAUGCAGCUAUGGGCGGAUAUUAUUACGACAGUGUUCAAGGAAGGCACAUACCAUUUGGUGGUGGAUCUGCUGGUCCAAGAGAAGAUCCCUAUGCCAAUGGACCAGUUGAAGUAACUUAUUAUGACCCUGAUAGCGGUGAAUUCCGUAAAAAAAUGUGGUCUCCGUAUGAAUAA